GGACCCGCUGUACAGUAGCCGGACAGUGACGCGGCGGCACGAGACGCGUCGCAGGUCCCGUUCUCGAGCGCGAGCGCACUCAUUCGCGUGAGGUGGGCAGAAGAAGCUGGGUGAGCAGCGCCAGGCCGUGUUCCCCUCAGUCUCCGCACUAUAAUAGAGACUACAGGGAGCCCCGCUUGCGGGCAUUGUAUCCCAGCGCGUCCGCUCUGACGUGUUUUUUUUUUUUUUUUCUUUCCCAGCUUUUAUUUUAUAUAAAUAUAUAUAGGUAUAAACAGAGAAAAAAGUCUCUGAAAGCAGAGCGCACCACUACUAGGCGUGGGACCCGCGACGCGCCUGACAGGGAUGUGUAUGACAGAGAAGCGCGCGCUCUCCGCGGUUUAUUGAAGAGACUGAAGCAUCGAUGGUUUCUUCUGCAGCCGCGAUACCGCGUUAAUUCAGACCGCGUUUGUGACCGGAUUAAGGCGUCAGGAAUGCCCACUGUCUACACCUUAGCAGGGCUGUUUCUGGUGAUCUCCCUCCCGUGUUUCCAAGGUGACUCACAACUGAGGUUCCAGGGGCAAACAAACUUUGUGGUCAAUGAGAGCAGCCAAUCAGUGGUGCGUUUGGUGGUGGAGAGAACUGGUGAUCCAGUCAAUAUCACAGCGCUGGUGCUGUUGCAGGGAGAAAACACCAGAGACUUUGAAGCUACAACAGCAGCGGCAUUCCUACAGUCCUCGGAGACCAACAGGACAAUUUUCAUUGCUGUGCUUGACGAUGACCUACCUGAGGCGGACGAAACAUUUGUAUUCAACCUUCGGCUGCAGAGUUCAUCCAACGGUGUGACACUUGGGACCCCCAACAGUGCCACCAUUACCAUCCUAUCCAACGACAAUGCCUUUGGAGUCAUUUCUUUCAAUUCUUCCGCUUUGGUCACAGUGGAUGAACUCAGAGGCCAAAACCAGUAUGUGCCCCUCAUUUUGAUCAGAGAAAAGGGGACUUAUGGGACUGUAACUAUAAACUUUGAGAUUGUAUCUGGUCCAAAUCCUGCCAUUGAAGACCUCACUCCAGACAGAGGGAACAUUACCUUUUUACCUGGUUAUGCUGUUGUGGUCUACAGUAUCCUGAUACAGGAUGACCAGGUCCCAGAGGAUGAUGAGGUCUUUACUAUUCAGCUGACAAGUGUGCAUGGUGGGGCUCUUCUCAAUCCCAACCGCAGCAGCAUACAGAUCAAGAUCAACAGAAACGACAGCCCCCUCCGUUUCGCUCAGAGCACGCUGCUGGUGCCAGAGGCAGAUUUCAUUGUGAACAUCACAGUGACUCGAGGUCGGAAUGAGGACAAUCGGCAGAUUGGAUCUGACUCCACUGAGAUCUCCAUUGACUAUGCUGUCAUCAGUGGCAAUGGAACAGCUUGCGCAGUACUCUCCUCAGAUUUUGAGGACCUACAAGACAACCGUACCCUUGUGUUUCCGCCGCGUGUAUACGAGGCCCACCUCCGCUUCAGAAUCAUUGAUGACAGUUUGCCUGAGAUUGCCGAGUCCUUCCAGGUGGUUCUUCUUCAGCACACGCUCAGGGGAGAUGGAGUAUUGCUGACCCCCAGUGUAGCCCAGGUCACCAUUGAGCCCAAUGACAAGCCCUACGGGGUGCUGUCAAUCAACAGUGGACUUCUUUCUUACACUGUCAUUAUUAACGAGGAUGUAACCUCCAGGUUUGAAGGGAUCUCCGUUGUGAGGAAUGGUGGUACACACAGCAACGUCUCUGUGAACUGGAUGAUCACAAGGAAUAGCUCUGACCCAUCUCCGGUCUCUGCUGACCUGGCACCAGCUUCAGGAAUCCUUCGCUUCUCUCCUGGGCAAAUGUCUGUCACAUUAACUCUGAACAUCACUGCAGACGAGCUCCCUGAGGAGGCUGAGGCAUUCAUCUUCAGACUACUGCCCAUGUCUGCGCAGGGAGGAGCAGAGGUUGAUGAGCCCAUGGAGAUGCUGUUCUACAUCCAGGACAGCGACAAUGUGUAUGGCCUUUUUAGCUUCCACCCUGUCAGGGAGCAGAGCAUCCGGAGUGAGCUCACGAGGCGCUAUCUAUUCCUAAGUUUCCUGCGAGCAGGGGGCGCCCGAGGUGAUGUUCAGCUGAGCUUCACUGCCCUCUAUAUCCCCGCUGGACCUGUGGAUCCUGCUCGUGCCCGUGAUGGAGUAUUGAAUGGUACCCGCAGCAACAGGGUGCAAUUCUUGGAUGGUCAAUCCAUGGUGCAGCUCAUGUUGCCAAUCCGAAAUGAUGCAUUCCUCCAAAAUGGGGCACAUUUCUUUAUACAGUUGGACAGUGUGGAUCUGGUGAAUAUAAACCCACCAAUUCCUCCCAUCACCCCAAGGUUUCAGGGUGUCAUGAACAUUACCCUCUUGGUCACUUCUGACAUUGCUAAUGGGGAAAUUGGCUUCAUCAGUAACCAGACUAUUGUUGUGUAUGAGCCAGAAGUUGACAACAUCACCCUGGUUUCUCUUCCUCUGCGUCGCGAUGGGACAGAUGGGGAUGCUGAGGUGUUCUGGAGUCUGCGACCAGUAGGCUUCAACAGAGAGGACAUCACCCUUGGUGACCUGGAGCCCUUCGGUGGCUCCGUCACAUUUUUGUCGGGACAAAGUGAUUCUUUCAUUAACCUCAUCAUCAAAGCUGACAGUAUCCCCGAAGUUAACGAAACAGUUGUCAUCACUCUAGACAGGACCAAUGUGGAGAACCAAAUUCUAAAGACAGGGUUUACCAGCAGAGAAAUUGUCAUUAUUGAAAAUGAUGACCCUGGUGGAGUAUUCGAGUUUUCGUCACGGGCUCAAGGACCUUGGUUUAUCAAUGAGGGCCAGGCCAUAGAGCUCAGGGUGCUUCGGUCCCAGGGCUUGUUGUUAAAACAGUUUAUCCGUUAUGAGGUGAUUCCCAGUGGGAAUGUGGAAUUUUAUGGGGCCACAGGAAUCCUGGAAUUUAAUCCAGGAGAGAGAGAAGUGGUAGUUGCCCUUGUUGCCAUUCCUGAUGGGAUCCCUGAGCUGGAUGAGAUGUUCUCUGUGGUCCUCAGCAGCCACAGUACCCCUCCCAGCCGUCUGGGACCUGCCAGGGAGGUCAACAUCACUGUGCGUAGUAAUGAUGACCCUUUUGGCGUCAUUGAGUUCGUGCGCCCUGGGUUGACAGAAGCUAUCAGGGAAAGUAAAGGCCUUGACAAUUUUGCAGCCUCCUACCCUAUUGUGAGGAACAGGGGUGGGUUUGGAGAGGUAUCGGUUUUCUGGGUCCUAGAGCCACACCAGAAUGAAGAUGUAACUCCAGUACAGGGCUAUGUUGUCUUCAGAGAAAGAGAAUUCUCAAAAAACCUCACAGUCUUCUCUGUCUCCGAUGAGAUCCCAGAAGACACUGAAUUUUUCACCGUUUUACUUGUGAAUGUCACUGGAGGUGCAAGACUUGGGAAUUAUUUGAAUGCAAGCCUACAGAUCUAUAAAAAUGAUGAUCAAAUAAGUUUUGAAGAACCUUUUUCUAUCAGGGUAGACGAGGGUGGUGUGGUCAACUUCACUGUCAUAAGAGAUGGAUCAGCUGACUUUGUGGCCACAGUAAUGUAUCAGUUCACUCAUGGAGGGACAUCUUCGGGUGACUUCUUUCCCCAGGCUAAUAAUACAAUGCUGGUUUUCAGCAUGGAGGAAAGGAAGAAGGAAAUCUCAGUGGCUGUUAUAGAUGAUGACAUACCUGAAACAGAAGAAGCGUUUUAUAUAAUUUUGUACAAUGCUACAGGCGAUACAGUUGUAUAUGGCAACGACACAGCCACUGUGGUGAUUGAGGCCAAUGAUGAUGCCAAUGGAAUCUUCUCACUGGAACCAACUGAUAAAAAAGUGGAGGAAGGAAAAUCAAAUAGUUUCUACAUUUUGAGAGACCGAGGUCUCUUUGGCAACGUCACAGUUUUCUGGCAACUGUUUGUCAACAAGACAGCUUUGGAACCAGGCCAAGAAUUCAUCAACACAUCAGGAUCCAUCAUUUUCACCACUGCAGAAGCUGCAAAGCCCAUCAUCUUGCAAGCCAUUUCUGACAAAUUACCUGAAUUUAAUGAGGUCUACAUUCUCUGGCUUAUUAACAUAUCAGGUGGUCAACCUGGAGGAGGCGGCCAACUGGCUAAAACCAACCUUAAUGUGUCUGUUACCAUACCCUAUAAUGAUGACCCCUUUGGGGUUUUUGUUAUGGAUUAUCAGAGUCUGGAUCUGGAAGUGGCAGAGGAUCUGCUGUCAAAGAAUGACAUGUCGAACAUCGCCACAGUCACCAUCCUCCGACAGCAAGGCACCUUUGGUGUUGUGCGGGUUGGCUGGGAAAUCUUGUCAGAGGCAUUUCCCCUUGGCCUGCCACCCAUGAAUGAUCUCAUCCUGAUGGCGACCUUCCCCAGCGCUGUGCAGCUCAGGCCAGAUUUGAUGAGAAAUCACUCUGGAACAGACGCAUUGUAUUUCUCUGGGCACCAAGAAGCCUACGGAACCAUUGACCUUGAGGCUCAGCUGCAGCAGCCUCAGAAUCUGACCAACUUCACUUUCUCAGCAUGGCUGGUCCCAAGCCUCAACACCGAUGGAUUUAUUAUUUCAAAGGGGACGAUUAAUGGAACCCUUUUUUAUGGCAUUAAGAUUCAGAAUAAUGGGUCCCAUGUGACACUAAUGCUGUACUACAACGUUCUGGGUUCCAAUAUAACUCAAAUGGCCAAGUCAACAGCUGCUAAGUUUGUGAACGGUGAAAUUUGGUUGCACGUCAUCAUAACUGUGGAUGAUGGUAUUAUUGAGUUUUACCUGGAUGGAAACCCCAUUCCCGGUGGCAUUAAAAGUUUGAAAGGAGAGGCUAUCACUGACGGUGAAGCGCCGGUAUGGAUUGGCUCAGGCCCCGGGGGAACAGAGCGCUACAGGGGUCUGAUGCAGGAUGUGCGGCUCUACUCCAGUGGGCUGAACCGGGUGCAGAUUCGGGAACUUCACAGCCAGCCUGCUAAAACGGAUCUGCGCCGUGUGUCAGGGUACCUGGAGUAUCGGCAGGGCGAGAGGAACAAGAGCUUUGUGGUGGAGGUGAAGGAUGACAAAUACGAUGAAGGCGAAGAAAUUUUCUACCUGCAGCUCGUGUCAGCCUAUGGUGGGGCUCGGCUGCCUGACCCGCGGCCCACCACUAUGCUGCGGGUGCAAAAGAGUGAUAAUGCCAAUGGACUGUUUGGCUUCAGGGAGGCCUGCAUCCCAGAUACAUCUGAGGAGGGCUCCAUCAUCUCCUGUGUAGUGGAGCGUACUCAUGGAGAUCGGGACUAUGUGUAUGUAAAUUACACAGUGACACAGGUCAGUUCUGACAGCAUGUCCCUCGCAAGCUUCGACUUUGCCAACGCCAGCGGCACUGUGUUUUUUCCACCCGGCUGGCGCUCUGAGGCUUUGAACUUGCUGGUACUGGACGAUGACAUACCAGAGUUGGCUGAGAUGUUUCAGGUCAAACUGGUGUCAGCUGAAUCAGGCGAUGGAAAGCCAGGCUCCACCCCGACUAGUGGAGCCAGUGUUGACCCUGACUAUUCUGCUACCAUUGUCACCAUCAAAGCCAGUGACCACCCUCACGGUUUGCUGCAGUUCUGGACACAGUCUCUUCCAGAUGGAAUCAUUCGCCCAGCCACAGAGGAAGCCCAUGUGACUGUAAAGGAGGAAGACGGGAAAAUUCAUCUGCUUGUGGUUCGAGCCCAAGGCCUUCUGGGAAGGGUCAUGGUUGGAUACAGGACCGUGCCAUUGUCUGCAUUCAGCCAGAAGGACUAUGAGGACACAGAAGGUGUGCUGGAUUUCCUGCCUGGAGAACGGUGCAAGUCCAUCAGCGUGAGCAUUGUAGACAACUCUGUUCCAGAGCUGGAGAAGGUGUUCAGAGUGGAAUUGUACAAUCCUGAAGGAGGGGUUCAUCAGCUAAUUAGAAGUGAGGGCAGUGGCAGUGGUGAACUUGACGAUGGCUUCUUCCUUCCUUCCUUUCACCAGCGUGCCAGCCUGGGAGUUGCCUCCCGAAUUACAGUGACCAUAGCUGCCUCUGAUGAUGCCCACGGGGUGUUCCAGUUCAGUCCAGAUUCCCUCAUUGUCAACGGAACAGAACCAGAGGAAGGCCAUAAUUUGAUCACGUUGCAGGUGGUACGCACUUUUGGUGCUUUGUCCAGCAUUACCGUAUUUUGGGAAGUAGGUCCACGUGCUGAAGAAGACCUUGUGCACAUAACUGGAAAUGUAACAUUUUCUGUGGGCCAAACCAGCGCUAAUAUCAUACUCAAGGUCUCUGAAGAUGACACCCCUGAGCUAGACAAGAGACUGACUGUGACUCUUUCUAAUGUGUCUCAUGGCCGUCUGGGGAACCUGACUAAUGCCCAACUGACUGUACUUGCCAGUGAUGAUCCCUAUGGAGUGUUUGUGUUUUCAGAGCGAAGCAGGACAGUACGUGUGGCAGAGGGUAAUGUGCAUGUGACACUGACCAUUCAAAGAGAGAUGGGAUUGAUGGGACAAGCGAGAGUGACUUAUGCAACCUUGAAGGACACUGAUGCAUCUCCAUUUAGCACACCGGGUACUGGGAGGGGAAAUGAACAGACUGAUUUCGUACCUUUGACGGAUUCAGUGCUUUUUGGGGCCAGUCAGAGUGAAGCCAAUAUAACCCUUCAAGUGCUAGAUGAUGAUGAGCCAGAGAGAGCGGAAUCUAUCUUUGUGGAACUCACUAGUGUUUAUCUUGUUCAAGGAGCCCAAAACCGACCAGUCUUUAGCUCACCACGUCUUGGAUGGAGGAACAUUACAGUAGCUGAGGUCAUAGUUGAAGCCAGUGAUGCAGCUUUUGGAGUCCUGCAACUGUCGUCUCCAGCUGUAAGCGUGGCUGAGCACUACAUUGGUCCCAUUAUCAACGUCACACGGAUUGGAGGAAUCUUUGCUGAUGUGUCCGUCAAGUUUCGGGCAGUGCCAAUGACAGCAACAGUUGGGGAGGAUUACAGUGUGGCUUCUUCCGAUGUUGUUCUCCUCGAGGGAGAAACCAGCAAACCAGUUCCAAUCUACAUCAUCGAUGAUCAUGUUCCUGAGCUGGAGGAGACCUUCCGCAUUGAGCUUCUCAACCAGACCACUGGAGGUGCUCAGCUUGGGCAGCUCACACAGGCUGUCAUCACCAUCUUGCCUUCUGAUGACCCUUUUGGGGCUUUUGUUUUCCAGGUUACAUCCAUCACAACAGAAGAGCCAGAUUUUAACUCCACUGAGAUCAAAUUGCCCAUAAUACGAAAUGGUGGGACACUAGGUCAUGUGUCUGUCCAGUGGCAGGCCACUGUCAAUGGGAGGGCUGCUGUGGGUGAUAUCCAGCCUGUGGCAGGGGAGGUCAGAUUUGCUCCUGGAGAAACCACAAAGACCUUGAGGGUGGAGGUCUUACCGGAUGAUGUUCCAGAAAUUGCAGAGGUUAUCCUUGUGGAACUGACCGCUGCUACAAACGGAGGGAACAUUGGGUCACAAAGAGUUGUGAAUAUCAUUGUUCCCCCCAAUGAUAAUCCUUAUGGAACUGUUUUCUUCGAACAAUCUACAUACCGAGUUCAAGAACCUCUUGAGGGAGUCUACAUGGCAAACAUCACAGUGAGAAGAAGUGGAGGACACUUUGGACGUUUAGACAUCCAGUAUAGUACAUCGGAAAUCGAUGUCGUUGGCAUUGCCUUGGAAGCAGGAUGGAAUCUCCUUAUUUACUAUGACCCCCCAGUGAGGGCAGUCCAUUCUGUUGCCACCAUCAAGCCAGUUAACCUCACUGCACAGAGCAAUCCCUUAAACUUCUGCGCAGCAUUCUGUCUACGAGAGCCCAGCUGCCAAGCUUUUUCCUUUUCCAAUGUCUCAGGAAUGAUAUCCUGCAACUGGGUGACCACUGGUGCCAACCAGCUGACCAGCUCCUCCCAGGUCUUCACAUACCUCAGAAACAUCACGGCUGCGUCCUCUCUUCUCAGCUCCCGUGCCACUGCUGGGAGUGAUUACCUGCCAGUGACUGCACAGACAGCCACCAUGAUGGAUGGGUCAACAGUAGCCAACCUCACAGUGACAAUCCUGACAGACUCUCUCCCAGAGAUGGAUGAGAGCUUCAUGAUCCACAUUUUUAGGGUCAGCCUGGUCAACUUGACCACAGUACCGAGAAACCAGCCCUCCAUAGGACAGCCAGCCACAGCGAGAGUUACUAUUGGAAUGAAUGGGGAUGCAUUUGGAGUGUUCCUGCUCUACAGCCUCAGCCCAAAUGCUACGAAUAAUGGCCUGUAUCUGGAGGUGAGGGAGGAACCUCACAUGUCUGUGCUCUUGGUUGUUGAGAGAAGAGGGGGCAGCCUGGGCCAAGUGACAGUGGAGUGGAAGUUUGUCAGCGGCACCGCCACACCCAACGCAGAUUUCAUUGGAACUGGGGAAACUCUCAUUUUUGCAGAAGGUGACCUCAGAAAGAACAUAGAGAUCUUUAUUAGAGAUGACACAGAACCAGAAGACAAUGAGACCUUCAUGAUAGGCCUGGUGAAAACUGAGGGUGGCAGCCGCAUUCUUCCUAGCUCCGAUACUGUCUCUGUUGUGAUCCUUGCCAACGACCAUGUAGCUGGCCUGGUGGGUUUCCACACUACCUCACGUUCAGUCAUGGCUCAAGAAGGGGAAAUCCUCCGUCUGCUGGUGCUGAGAUCCCCCCCCGGGCAAGGAAAUGUCACUGUGGACUGGAGGAUCCAGGGCCCUCGUGUGUCACAGACCUUUGCCAACACAUCGGGGGUGCUCUUCUUCUCAGAGGGAACUUUGAAUGACACCUUAGUGCUGCAAUUACUGGAUGACCAAACUCCAGAGGACAGAGAAGAGUACAGAAUUAUCUUAUCAAACAUUCGCACUCAAGGUGUGACAGUAACAGGCCAUGCUGCUCUUGACACCCAGGGCAGUGAAGCACUGGUGAUAGUGGAAGCAAGCGAUGAACCCUAUGGAGUUCUGAGCAUCUCCCCAUCCUCCCUAAGGAUAUUCACUGAAGAGGGCAACGUCACCCUGAGAAUUUCCAUCAACCGGGAGCAAGGAGCAUCAGGGUCGGUGAACAUCACUUACGAAUCAGUGAAGGGCUCUCUACGGGACCUGACCCUGACAGAGAGUGCGUUGGCCGAGCCGGGCCAGGACUUCCUCCCGGCCUCAGGAUUUGUGCUCAUGCGUGAUGGACAGACCUCUGUGGCCAUCCCCAUUACCAUCUUAGAUGAUGAUAUCCCAGAGUUGCAAGAAUGUUUCCUUGUAAACAUUACAUCAGCAGUUCUAAUCUCUGCCCUUGCCUCUGCUCGUGCGUUAGACACACGGGGAUUGGUUGCUGAAGUAUGCAUUGGUGCCAGCGAUGGAGUUAGAGGAAUCAUUGAGUGGCAAAUAACAGAUUUUGAAGUCAAUGAGACACAGGGAGUGCUCACACUGGUGGCUUACAGAAAUGGUGGAACAUAUGGGAAUGUCUCCCUCUUCUUCUACGCCCAGAAUUUGGAAGCACAGCUUGGAUUAGAUUAUAAUGCCACAUCAUCGAUUCUCCAUUUUGCUAGUGGAGAGAGGCACAAGUUCAUCGAUGUGCAGAUCUUUGAUGAUAACAUACCUGAGGGUGAUGAGAAGUUCCAGCUUAUUCUUGCCAAUCCCUCAUUUGGACUGCAGCUUGGACGUAACACUACAGCCACAGUGCUUAUCCUGACCAAUGAUGACGGCCAUGGUGUAAUCUCCUUCAAUAAUAGCCAGCAUUUUCUUCUGGAGGAGCCCACUUCCUUAGGCUUGGGCCAAAGCAUGGCCAUGUUGUAUGUCGUCCGUGAGCCCCCACAGGGCAUAUUUGGCACAGUCAGUGUCCAGUUUCUUAUCACCGAUGUUAAUGGAUCCCUCUCUGCUGGUGACCUGAUGCCCGGUCAGGGUUUUGUAGUCCUUGAGGAUGGAGUACGAUUCAAGACACUUAGGAUCUGGGCUGUGCUGGAUGAAGAGCCAGAAAUGAAUGAGACAUUUACAGUGACCCUGUUCAAUCCCACGGGAGGGGCAAGGCUUGGGGAUUCCUUACAGACAACCAUCACUAUAUUGCAAAAUCAGGCCCCCCUUGGCCUUUUUCGGAUCUUCCCCACCCACAACAGGACCGACUCCAUUGCUGUUGAGGAAGAGAGCAAAGCUGUGUUUCUGACUGUGUCUCGGAGUAAUGGCUUGGAGACUGCAGUCAGCGUGGAGUGGGAGUCUCAGUCAGACACUGCUUUUGGCCUCACGGGAGAUAUCCCAGUUCUUGCUGUGUAUCAGAGCUUCACUGAGAAACCCACCUCCAGCUGGUGUGCCCUGCCCUAUGAAAAUGUUCCUCUUGUCCUGAGGCUGGGGAAGGCCUCUGCUGGCACUCCCUCCCAUACCCUGGCCACACUCUAUAGGUGGCAAGGAGUCUUUGUACCACUGCAGUCUGUCAGAAUUCAAGACCCAAGACGCUGUAUGGGAUUUUUCAUGAAGAAUCUGACCUAUGCGGUUGUCACUUAUGGGGGCUACCCUGGCUCCAACACUGCGAAUGCCAGCUUGUUUAGCGUGCAACCAGACUUGAACCUUACUCUGGAGCAGACACUGGUUGUUCAAGGUCAUGAAGUCAAAUUCUUCUCAGUGGAAAAUAAAAAUUAUUUAAUAGCCUCAAGUCAGGUUUUGGUUUGGGAUGGCAGCAGAUUUGUUCUUCAUCAGUCCCUGAAUCUGCAGGAGGUGCUGAGCUUUUCCUUGUUCUCUCGUGGGAAUGCCUUGUAUCUGGCAUUCGCCAUAAGGAGAAUGAAUGACAGCUGUGUUCUGUACCAGUGGAGCAGUGGAGAGUUUCAGAAUCCACAACCUCUUACCAUCAACAGCAGAGCUAAACAAGUGGAGAGCUUUCAAACUGGGGCUGAUAUCUUCCUACUCAUUGUUACAGAAGCUGGACCCAGUUCCACAUGCGAAGUGUUUGUAUGGGGCUCCCAGCAACCCUUCUUCCAGCAUUUCCAGUCCAUCCCCUUUCCAGGCCUGUUGUUGUCUGCCCUCAGUUUCACUCCACCCUCAGGGAUCACUCAUCUCCUGCUGGCUGGCAGCAACACCUCCAGUUUGCUCUUAUGGAAGUCUGAGAUCAACCAGUUCUCCAUAGUGCUGCAAUCCCCUCCUGCCCAGACAUUCGUCUUUUUUCCUGUUCUACAACUCAAUGUAACAAGGAGCCUGCUUAUAGCCACUGGUGACUCAGAGUCCACUAUAUAUGAGCUGAUAUCCAUCUCAAACCAAUCUGACUUCAUACCAAGUUCAGGCGAACUGCAUUUCCAGCCAGGUGACAGUGAAUUGACAAUUGCAGUGAAUAUCAUAGAUGACAAUAUCCCAGAGGACAAGGAAUCUUUCCAAGUGAUCCUUAAAAAUCCUAAAGGAGGGGCAGAAAUUGGCUUCAAUGGUCAAGUGACCAUCGUCAUUCUGUCCAAUGAUGAUGCUCAUGGAAUAAUAGGCUUUGCACAGAACUCAUUUUAUAUGGAAGUUGAUGAACUAGAAGAGGAUAACCUCAUCUCCCUUAGGAUAGAGAGGAUGAAAGGCACUUUUGGGAGACUGAUAGUGCACUGGGUUGCCAAUGGAAGUAUAGAUGAUAUUUUCCCCACAUAUGGAGAGGUGACUUUCAGGGAGAGCCAAGCUAUGGCUACACUAAUGCUGACAGUGCUGGCUGACACAAUUCCAGAGCUGGCAGAGAAGGUGACCAUCACCCUCACAAAUGUCACCACAGUGGGAGCAGAGAACAUCUCAAAAGGAGCUGCCAUCAACCCACAGCACGUCCAUGCACUGAUUGUCAUCCAACCUAACGGCUCCCCAUACGGCGUGUUUGGGUGGCACUCAGAAUCCCUGCACAUUUUCACAGAGGAGCCAGAAGGAAGGCCAAACAGCAUCAUGCUUAAAAUUAUCAGGGAGCAGGGCUUUGUUGGGGACGUGGCUGUUCACUUCAGGACCGGACCUUCCAUGACGGAGUCAUCUGCCACAGCAAAUGAAGACUACGUGGCAAAAGAUGAAAUGGUGAUAAUGAAGGAAAAUAUUACGGACACCUCCAUCACUAUUACCAUUCUGCCUGAUGAUGUCCCUGAGCUGGCUGAGAAAUUCCUGGUCAACAUCACUGAUGUGAUGUUCACUGGGAUUGCUCAAGGGGGAGGUCAACCAAGUGUGAAAAGGGUGGACAUGGAGGUUGCAGAGGUCACUAUUCAGGAGAAUGAUGAUCCUAGAGGUGUCAUCCAGUUCAAUGUCACCAAGGAUGUAUCAGGUGCUGUGCAAGCAUAUGAGGUUCCUCCACCAGGAAAUCUCCUCCAGCUUUCUGUUGUGCGGUUGGCUGGAAAGAUUGGAAGAUUGGUUGUAUUUUGGGAGGCUCAUCCUGUCGUUUCUAGCUUUGACGACUUUACACCUCUUUUUGGAAACAUCACCUUUCAAGAUGGACAGGGAGCAAGUAUUAUUGAGCUCAUCAUUACUGAUGAUAAUGUGGUGGAGUUUCUGGAGACAUUCAGUGUUACGCUAACUCAAGUGACGGGUGGCGCCAGACUGGGAAAGGAAUCCUCUGUGACUGUCAGCAUUGCUGCCAAUGACUCUCCACUUGGACUCUUUGGAUUCCAGGAACAUACAGUAACUGUUAUGGAGCCCCAAUUCAUGAGUGACCCUGCUGCCAUGGUGACCUUGACUGUUGUUCGGAGCCCAGGAGGCCUGGGAGUGGUGCACCUAGUGUGGCUGUUGGAGGACAGUGCUAAGGAUGACUUGAGGCCUUUGAAUGGCACUCUGCUCUUCAAUGAGACUGAGUCAAAGAAGGUGGUGGUGAUAUAUGCUCUGGCAGAUGCUGUACUUGAGGGGGAUGAGAGAUUCACAGUCCAGCUCCUGUCCACUCAGAACGAUGGUGUUGUUGAUCCUACUAAAGCUGUGGCCACUGUUGUGAUCCUGGGAGACCGUGGAGCUUUUGGAACGGUCAGCAUUGCAGAAACCUCUCGUCAUGUCCUUAUUGGAGAACCACAGGGAAGUUACAAUGGAACUGCAUUGAUCAGUCUUGUGCGAGGUCCUGGCAUCUUUGGCGAGAUCAUGGUCUAUUGGAACAUCAGUCCUGUUGUGUACUCAGAAUUCGAGGAAACUGCUGGGGUGGUGAUCAUGAGAGACAAACAGUCUGCUGCCACCAUCAGGCUGAAGGUUCUGGAUGAUGAUGUCCCUGAAGAACGGCGUGUUUAUCAACUGUUUCUGAGUGCAGUCAGCCCUGGAGCAGAGAUCAACCCAACUGGUCAGCAGGCAAAUCUCACAGUGGCAGCCAGUGACUUCCCCUAUGGUGUUUUCUCCUUCACUCAAGAGCUGCUGCAAACCUCUGAGGAGGAGAGGAUGGUUAAUGUCACAGUGAUGCGUUCCAGGGGCUUGUUUGGGAAUGUGUUGCUGUCUUACCAGACUGUCAGCAGCACUGCCCUCAGUGGCUCAGACUUCGUUCCAGCCACAGGAAACGUGCUCUUUAUACCAGGGGUAGCACUGCACAGUAUUGCUCUAGAAAUUCUUGAUGACAACCACCCAGAAGGUCCAGAGGUGUUCUUUGUUAACAUCACAUGGGUAGAGCUUCUCAAUGACAGUAACUGGGACUUUGCAGUAAGGGAGCAGGGGCUCCAGCCUGACCAGCCCCCAGCUGUUGGGAAUACCUCCUCUAUUACGGUUGUCAUACAGAAAAAUGAUAAUGCAGAGGGCAUUGUGGAGUUUGACCCAAGCUACGUCAACAUUACUGUGGAAGAGAAUGUAGGUACUAUCUUUAUCCCUGUAUUGAGAAGAGGAGGCUCUUAUGGUCAAAUCAUAGUGGAGUUCAUCUCCCAGGACCUUACUGCACUGGCCAACAUUGACUACAUCUUCCCCAAUGACUCUCUUACCUUCAAUCAUGGGCAAAACCUCUCCUAUAUUAAUGUAUCUAUUGUGGAUGACCUAGACAGGGAAUAUAGUGAGAUGUUUGAGAUCCAGCUUUCUGGAGCCACAGGGGGCGCCAUACUUGGGACUCAUUUGGUAGCUAGGAUAACAAUUGCAAAGAGUGACUCUCCAAACGGAGUCAUUCGCUUUCUCAACGAGAGCAUGCUGACCAUUGAAAACCCCAACAGCACUCUAAGGUUGAUGCUGGUUCUUGAGAGGACAGGAGGACUGGUGGGCGAAGCCACAAUAAAAUGGAACAUUCUAGGUCCCAAUUCCAAUGAGGUUUUGUCACCAGUAAACACAGACAUUGGUGAACCUGUGAAUGGAUCGUUCCAUUUCAGAGAUGGUGAAGGGGGCGUUCGCAGUAUUGACCUGCGGAUUUUACCCCAUGGAGAGGUAGAAGUUAAAGAAACUUUUAUUAUCAUGCUCAGCCUAUUGUCUGGAGAAACAGACAUUGAUCCUCAGGCAGGCAGUGUCAUUCUUACGAUCAAUAAGUAUGGAGAUCCAAAUGGCAUAGUACACUUUACCCCAGAGGGCCUGAUAGAGCGAACAUACAGUGAACCCAGUGAUGCUGAAGGCCCCCUAAACAUUUCCCUUUUAAUCACACGCAGUGAAGGGGUCAUGGGCAAUAUCACAGUGUUUUGGGAAAUCCUAAGUGAAUCUGACACCACUGGGGACUUUUACUCUCUCCGGGGCUCUGUGGUGAUCCUAGAUGGUGAGAGGUUAGCAGAAGUGCUGGUCAGCCUCCUUCCAGACAGUGUGCCGGAGCUAGAGGAAGUGUACGCAGUCCGUUUGAGCUCAGUGGUUGGGGGAGCUGAGCUCGAUACAAACAGAAGUAGUACUCGGAUUAGGGUUCGAGCUAAUGAUGAGCCCUAUGGAGUCUUCGCCCUCUACUCAGAGUUCCAGGCCAUAGAGGUCAGUGACAGCAACUACAGUCGUCAGUUUGCCCUCAGCGUAACACGGCAUGCUGGGACUUUCGGUAAUGUCACAGUGGAGUACAAGAUUGCUGGCAGCCUCUUGGACCCAGUGGUGGGAAGUGUGCUAGUGAGGGAUGGAGCCAACUUUGCCAGCAUCACAGUGCCAAUAAGUAGUCAGGUUUUCUUUGCUCCAGGCAUCAACUUCACUGUUGAGCUCAGAGAUGUAUAUCUCAGUGGACCUGUGUUUGGCUCAGCUCCGCGAAUACUUGUGGAGUCUCAGAGAGCUACUGUAACUGUACCUGAGGAAGUGGCCAAUUCUGAGGUUGGAUUUGAGUCAGUAGCUGUACAGAUCUCUAAUUUUGCAACCGGCCGCUGUGAGGUGCUACUGUCCAGGACAGGGCUGUACGGUGACGUGGAUGUGGAGUGGAGCGCUGGGUACCCUCCUGGUCAGCUCCCGCUGGACUUAAAACUAGGUGCCAUCAUACCUGCCUCAGGGACAGUUAGACUGGCUAAAGGUGAGAAAAGCGGGAUGCUGUCUCUCAGGGCUGUGUCAAACAUGUCUGACCUUGCAGCCUAUGCUGUGCACCUCACUAAGGCACACGCUGCGGUUUCUGGAGGGGCUCGACUCAGGACUGGCUUCACUGUGGCUGAGAUCGAGCCACUGGGAGCGUACCAGUUCGCUGCAGAGUCCCGGCAGCUGGUGAUUGAGGAGGAUAUGCAGACUAUCACCCUGUACGUGCAGCGCCUGUUUGGCUUCCGCAGCAACCGAACCCGGGUGACUUAUGAGACAUGGGCUGGCAGUGCCAAAGCUGGGGAAGAUUUUGUGCCAGUGCAGGAUGGGGAGCUGUUGUUCCUGAACCAUGAGACACGUGCUGCUAUCCGAUUGUCUGUACUGAACGAUGAAUUAACUGAGCCCAAUGAAACCUUUUAUGUGAACCUGACUAGUGCUCAGGUACUGAGUGGCAGCCCGCUUUCAGCUCAGGCCCAGCCCAGGCUUGUCCCUGGAUUCACCAUCGCCUCUGUUACAAUCCUGGCCAACGACAUCAAGAACGGUCUCCUGAGUCUCAGGCCAGCAUUUGUGCAUGUUCCAGAAGACCCAUCCAAUGGCACACAACAUCACAGUGUGUCCCUGAGGGUCCAGAGGUCUGUUGGAACCACAGGGACAGUGAAGGUCAGAGUGAGAGCCUAUGGAGCCAGGAGCGCCGCAGAUGGCUUGGAUGGCACCCCUUUCGUCCUAGAACCAUACACCAUGUGGGCCCUGGAAGAGGAGGACUUCAAAUUAGAGUCUACUAUGGUGUCACUACAGGAGGGCCAGGACAUGGCAGAGGUCAUCCUAAUCAUUCUUGAUGACCUUGAACCAGAGGGGCAGGAGGUCUUUUUCAUCUAUCUUUCUGAACCUGAGGGAGGUGCACAGAUUGUUGGGGCAAUUGAUGAGCAAGGGUUCACAUACUAUGCCAAAAUUAUUAUUCAAGGAAGUGAUUUUCAGAAUGGCAUCGUGGGUUUUGCUGUGGAUUCACAGAGUGGGGUGGCUCUGGAUGAGGACUCAGAGAAUAGAACUGCCCUGCUUGUCCUUCAGAGACAAGAGAAUAGGGCCUUUGAGGAUGUGGUGAUACUUUGGCGUGUUACUUUCAACAAAGCCACUCCAUCCUUAAUAAGCAAUGGCAUUAACCUCACCAGAGAGCUACUCAACACAUCAGGAAUGGUGAUUUGCAGAAAGGGAGAGGUGUUGUGUGUCUUCAGUUUGGAAAUCCGCCAUGACCAGGAGCCAGAGUACCAGUCAUGGUUUUUGGUGGAGAUAUAUGAGGUGAGCUUAGGGGCAGCCAUCAAUGAGAGUGCCCGCUUCGCUAACAUAACCGUGCUGGAGAGUGACGACCCCCGGGGGCUGGUGUUUUUCGCUGUGGGGUCCCGACUGCCAGUCGCUGAUAAGAAAACCACACGACUCAGCCUGCAGGUUUACAGAGAUGCCAGUACUUCCUCUGCCAUCUCUGUGCGCUAUCGUUUACAGGAGCUUCGGGGGGCAGAGGCUGUGGGACCUACUCUGAUAUGGCCUGCUGUGGCUGGCAUGGAUUUUGAGAUGGCAGAGGGGGUGUUGACUUUUGAGGUUGGGCAAAGAAGUGCUGGCCUAGACAUUGUGCUCACUCCUGACUUGGCCUCAUCCAACCGCCUGCCAAAGCGCUUCCAGGUGCUGCUGGUAGAGGCAACAGGGGGUGCCAGGGUGCACCCCCAGUUUGGAGUUGCCAACGUGACAGUGGUGUCAGACUCUGCCACACAGGCCGUAUGGGGGCUACUGGAUCAACUUCAGCAACCACUGGAUGGGAGCAUCAUUGACCGUGUGUUGCAGGAUUUGACCCAAAAGGUCACUUUUGAGGUCACCCAGGAGCAGCUGACUGCUGUGCUGGACGGGAUGAGCAAGGUGCUGAAGGAGGCAGAGCAAACUCCAUUGACAAACAGCAGCAGGGGGCUGACCUACAACCUCCUGUGUUCCAUGGCCAACCCCAGCCGACUGGACACACGUGGCCUGAGUCACCUGGCUGAAGUAGCAGAACGCUUUGCUUUCUCCCUCCUCACAGACAUUGAAUGCGGGUCACAGGGUCAGAGGGGUAGGACCAUUUGGGACAGCUGCCCAUACAUCACCAUCUCAGCCUUUCACUGGUACCCUACUCAGAUAAAUGGGCACACCUUUCAAGGAAGUAACUUGGACUUCUUUCGGCUCCCGGGGUCUCUGCUGAAGGUGCCAGCCUUGCCCCCUGACCGCAUCGCUCAAUCUGCAUGCCAAAGAGUGCAGUUCACCCAGUACAGCACUGAGCACUGGUUCCUCACCAAUCGCAGCAAGAGUAUGGCACUCAGCAACAGGGUGUUUUCUGUUAGCCUCCAAGGCCGUGGAUCGCACACUAUCCCACACAACGGCACAGUGGUUUAUCGCAUCCACUCCCCCAAUCGUCGUGUGAAACCCGGCCGGUCUCUAUGCCUUCUGUGGAACCAGGCCACUGAAAGCUGGCUGAAAAAUGACUGCUGGGUAGAGGAUGACGGCCGGAACUUUGUUGAAUGUGCUUGCUCGCACCUUUCCAUUUACACGGCCUUUGCAGAGACCAGUGCUCUCUCCUCCUACAGUGAGGCCUUCUACACAGCUGGGUUUAUUUGCAUCUCAGGGUUCAUGCUGGCCAUCCUCUCCAAUGUGCUGUGCUCCAGAUUCUCUAUGUUUGCAGCCAAGCUCUUAACACACAUGAUGGUGGCCUGUCUUGGGACACAGAUUUGCUACCUGGUUUCGGCCUUCCAAGGUCGCCUCCUCUCCGACGAGAGCUGCUCUGCACUCGCACUCUUCUCCCACUACUUUCACCUGAGUCAGUUCAGUUGGAUGCUAAUUCAGGCAGUCAACUUCUGGCAGGUGCUGGUAAUGAACGACGAGCACACAGAGCGACGCUACCUCCUCUACUUCUUGCUCAGUUGGGGUAUGCCUGCCUUAGUGAUUGUGGUCCUGGUCAUCGUCCUGCUCGGGGGUUAUGACUGGAACAUCCAUCGAAUCUACGGGCUGGUGCAUCAAGAUGUGUGUUUCAUCCCAAACGUCUAUGUGGCCUUCUGCACCGCAGCCCUCGUGCCGUUGAUCUGUCUGGUGGGCGUGUCCGUGGUGUUCAUUCACGCCUAUCAGGUCACCCAGCAGUGGAAAGCCUAUGAUGAUGUCUUCAGAGGGCGAACCAACAGUACGGAGGUCCCAAAGGUGCUGAUGCUCUUUGCCCUAGUAUCCUUGGUUUGGCUCUGGGGUGGACUCCACAUGGCCUACGGACACCUGUGGAUGCUCAUGCUAUAUGUCAUCUUCAGCUGCCUUCUGGGCUUCUAUGUGUUUGUAGUUUACUUUGUCAUGCACAACCAGCUGUGCUGGCCACUAAAGGCCAGUUACACUGUGGAUAUGAACGGCCAUGGCAGUCCAGACUCCACCUUCCAGGGCAGCGGCACGCACACAGUGGGUGGAGAAAUCAGCAAAUCCACACAGAACCUUAUCAGCGCCAUGGAGGAGGUCUCUGCAGACUGGGAGAGGGCAUCCCUUAGGCCGAGCAGCCAACCCAGCAGCUUGUUCAAGCAGGGACCCCAAAAUGGCACAGCUUAUACCACCCAGGGGGGGUUUGUCAAUACAAACCUAGUGAAUGAUGAGGAGUCCCAAGAAUUCGAUGAUCUCAUAUUUGCCUUGAAGACUGGAUCCGCCCUUAACGUCAGUGACACAGAGUCGAUACAUGGGAGUCAAGACGGUGGGAGCGUCGCCAACUCCCAGAUCGUAGAGCUUAGAAGAAUCCCUAUUGCAGACACGCAUCUCUAACCUCUGGUGUUUUUGUACUGAGAAAAAAAAAAAUCUGUAUUUUUGUACUUUUACUGCUUUUGCACUAAAAUACACUAUUGGAUAGCAGAGUUUUUCUCAUUAGUUAUUUGAUACCAUGGAACUUCUUGUUCGAUUUCUGCUGAUGUAAGUGUAUGUAUAUACAUGCACAUUUUUAAUUAUACUUAUCUUUACUGGAUGUAAAUAUUUUGUAGAAUUUAUAGAAUACAGGCAGCACUCUUUAUUUAGUGCUGCUUGGUUGCUGUAACAUCAUUAAUAAAUAAUUCAA